AUGUAUUUGUCUCAGCGUGUAUUUGAGGAGAGCUACGACCACGGGCGUCUGCAUGCAUCGCGGGUAGCAGCAAUAGAGAGAGCUCGGGGGGCGAGAAGGGUGGGGUGCCCCCGUUUGUCUAUCGAUUGGGGUGAUCCUAGGGUGGGGUGCCCGCGUUUGUCUAUCGAUUGGGGUGAUUCCUUUGGGGUGCCUCUUCUCUCUCCUUAUGAAGCUUAUGUUGCCUUUGGGGGGCAGCAAUAUCUCCCAGUUUACCCAAUGGAUUACUAUGCGAGAGAUGGCGGCCCCUGGACAAAUUACAACACCUCUACUGGAGACAGGCGAGGUUCGCAGGCAGUGAAGGUGCCUAUACACUCCAGGAAGGCAGAGCUGAUGGCGCGGCUGCUGCAGCGGCAGCAGCAGAAGAGGAGACAGACACCAGCUGCUGCUGCUGCUGCUGCUGAUGCGGAUGCUGCUGCUGCUGUACAGCCACACCAGCUGCAGCAGCAGCAGCAGCAGCAGCAGGCUGUUCGCUUGUAG